AUGAAAUUAUUUGACUAUAACCCAGAUCAAUUUUCCAAAAUCACUUAUAAUAUAGGAGGAAUUGAUACUCAUGUAUAUAAUGCUAACGUUUUAAAACCAUAUAUUGAAUCUUUUAACACUCAUGAAUUAAAUCAUUCCAUAUUUGAAAUUCCAAUAAAUGUUUUAUAUUUAUUACAUCAAAGAGAAGGUAAUUAUAAAUAUACUGAAGCUAUAGCUUAUAAUAUUUUGAAUAAAUAUUAUUCUAAAAGAGAAGGAGCUCAGCAGGAUCAUCAACAAUCAAUUCCAUUAAUUUGUGUUACUUUUGAUUUAAGAAAUCAUGGAUCAAGAGAAAUAAAUAAAUUUAAAAAUCAAGAUUGGGUAGGAGGAAAUAAAACUCAUGGAUCAGAUAUGAUAAGUUCAAUAAUGGGAAAUGUUAAAGAUUUAAAAUUAAUUAUUGAUUUUUUACCAAUUUAUUUAAAUUUAGAUCAAUAUUUAACUGAUGAUUUCAAAAAGGGAAAUAUAAAUUAUAAAAUUAAAUUUGAAAAUAUUUUAAGUGGUUAUUCCUUGGGAGCUCAUACGGUUUUCAGAUUUAUAAAUGAAUAUCCUAAUUUAAUUAAAAUUAUAAAUCCAGUUGUUGGAUGUAUUGAUUUAUCAUCAUUAUUAAUAAAUAGAUUAAAACAAAAUUCAAUUGAUUCUUCAGAUUAUGAUAAAAAAUGGUUUUAUUAUAAUUAUAAUGAAUUAGAUUUAUCACCUGAACAGCAAGAAAAAUAUCCAUUACAAUUACAUAACUUCUUACAAUCUCAAGAUUUAAAUAUUUUUGAAAAUUUUCCAAUGCAAAAAAUUAAAAUGUUUGCAAGUUUUGGUAAGAAAGAUAAUUUAGUUCCAUACAAAUUAAAUUCUAUUUGGUGUGAUUUAUAUUUAAAUACUAAUGAUUCUACUAAAAUUUUUAUUGAUGAUGAUUUAGGUCAUGAUGUAAAUGAAAAAAUGAUUGAUGAAUUUGUUAAUUGGUUAGUUGAAAAUUUAUAG